AUACUGUAGGGCUGUCUUGUGCCGUCUUUACCAUCACACACAGUGACAUGACAUUGUCUUCAGAUCGCAAGAGCAGUCGCAAACCACCUCCAGAUCUAGACCACUCACGAGCAGGCUCAUCGAGCUCCUAUCAAUCUUCAAAGUCAAAGAUGACAUCCGAUGACGAUCGAGCUCUAGCUUUGCUAGACAUGGCCAUAAAUCUCGUCGAUAGCGCCUUGGAUAUCCUGUUCAAUCACCUCAAGACGGAUGAUCAACUACGUAAAUCAUCUCUCUUGAUGCCUGGUGGAACAGUUGGCAAGCACUUUAGACAUGUCAUCGAGACGUACCGAGCAUUCCUGGCACCUCUUCAUCCUCGAUCUACUACUCUACCUUUGGGGAAACUAGUGAUAAACUAUGAUGCCUUCUUACCGUCCACGCGUCGGCCACUCGCUCGAUCUUUGCCUGCAUGUAGGGACGCCAUGUCAUCUGUCCGAGAUGAUCUAGUCGCAUGGGGCAACCGCUGUCGAGAGGGAAGCACAAGGUCCACAGGGUCAUCAUCCAACUCGUCUCGUCGGUCUACACGCUCAGGGUCGGAGAAGUCUCGCGAGGGGGUAGAUAGCACACCAUCGACAUCUGGACUGGCGAAGGAGAUGUCGAUCCCAGUCGAGCUCAUUGCCAUCACGCCCACCAAGGAGGUCCUUUCAUCUAGUAUCGGGCGGGAAUUAUGGUUCUGCUCCCUGCAUGCCAUUCAUCACUUUUCAAUGCUGAGGACCAUCGCCGUGCACGAGCUGGGCCUCGACCUACCCGUAGAAUUCGGCACGGCACCUUCAACAUUAUUAUAUCGAGGUAAAGGCUGGCAGCUGCCUGACGAACGCAAGAUCAAGGUCGUCAAAGCCAAGCUAUGAAACCUGGUAUAUCCAGACAACCAGAGCCGAGCACAAAGUGGGCACCUAGCGUCUCUGACGCCGUUGCUCGUUCC